AUGUCUAACGAUGAGGGCGUUGCCAUCAUUGGCAUGGCAUGCCGUUUUCCGGGCGAGGCGUCAUCCCCAGAGUCGUUCUGGAAGGUACUAAUCUCCAAAAGAGAUACGUAUAGCGUAACUCCGAACAGCAGAUGGAAUCCAGAUGCGUUCUAUCAUGCCGGGAAAGACAAACUUCAUACGAUCGCCAGCAAAGGAGGACACUUUCUGAGCGAAGAUGUUAUGGCGUUUGACGCGGCGUUCUUCAACAUUGGGCACGCCGAGGCGACAGCAUUGGAUCCCCAGCAGCGCUUUACCCUAGAACUCACGUUUGAGGCCUUGGAAAGCGCUGGUCUUCCCAUUGACGUAGUCGCUGGCACCAAGACCGGAUGCUUCAUGGGCUCUGCUGCCGCGGACUACCGAGACACGAUCAAUCGGGACCCGGACUCCAACCCCCGGUAUUCGCUUAUUGGAGUGACGACUGAAAUGAUAUCGAAUCGGACAUCUUGGUUCUAUGAUCUUAAGGGCCCAAGCAUCACACUGACGACAGCGUGCUCUUCCAGUCUAGUGGCUGUUCACUUGGCCUGUCAGAGUGUCCUUUCCGGCGAAUCAACUAUGGCUGUAGCAGGAGGUGUCAACCUCAUGUUGAACCCGGACUACUCUCUGUACCUGAGUAAUAUGACAAUGCUUAGCAAGGAGGGCGGUUGCAAAUCUUUCGACGCCCAUGGUGAUGGCUAUGCCCGCGGCGAGGGCUGUGGUAUUGUAGUCCUCAAAAAGCUGAGCAAUGCGAUUCGGGAUGGUGACCCCAUCCGGGCAGUUAUCCGCGGUUCCGGCGUCAACGCGGAUGGCUUCACGCAGGGUUUCACGAUGCCGAGCGCAACAGCGCAAGCUGAUCUUAUUUGUGACGUGUAUAAGACAGCUGGCCUUGACAUGGGCCUGACAACUUACGUCGAAGCACAUGGAACCGGUACGAAGGUGGGCGACCCCAUCGAGGCUCGUGCAAUAUACGAAACGCUUGGUAGAAAUGUCAAGCGGGGACAAAAGUUGAUGAUAGGCAGCGUCAAGCCCAACAGCCGCUCCGCUCAGAUCGGCCAUUUGGAAUGCGCAGCGGGUAUUGCUGCGCUCAUCAAGGGCGUUCUGGCCCUGGAAAAGGGUGUCAUUCCGCCCAACAUUCACUUCACGACGCCGAAUCCUGCCAUUCCCUUUGACCAGUGGAACUUGCAGAUUCCCACCGAGGCAACGCCUUGGCCAAACCCACAAACCCGGCAAAUGAGCAUCAGCAGCUUCGGGGUUGGCGGCACCAACGCUCAUGCCAUUGUGGAGGCCGCCCCCCCUUCACUGUCCCAUCGGCUGGUCCCAACACGCCCAUCAGUCGGCAGUAGCCUUCGCCGUUUUUUCGGCGGCGGCGGCGAUGCUAUCAACAAAAAGGAAGCUCGGCGUAGACGGUUGAUCGUCAUCAGCAGUCAGGACCAUGGCGGUGUGGCCCGGGUGGCGAAGUCACUCUCUGCCCAUCUUCAGAAGAUGGAAUCGCGUGUCGAUCAAGAUUACAUGGCUGAUUUGGCGUACACUCUUGGAGUGAAGCGUUCUCGUCUGCCCUGGAAGGCAUACUGUGUCGCCUCCGACAUCUCAGAGCUGCGGGACCAGCUUGGAAAACUCGACGUCAACGUGGCCGUUCGUUCUAAUGAUCGGCCGUCCGUGGGAUUCAUCUUCACGGGGCAGGGCUCCCAGUGGCCACGUAUGGGCGCAGAGCUCUUGUCCAGCGAGGCGUUUAAAGCUGCGGUUCAGGAGUGUGAUGGAUACCUCGCAGAGUUUGGUUGUUCGUGGCGUGCUCUGACGGAGCUCAACGAGUCCGAGGACAACUCACGCAUCGCGGAGCCCGAGUACAGUGAGACUCUUUGCACAAUCUUACAGUUAGCCUUGGUUGAUCUUCUCAAGGCAUGGGGGAUUACGCCAUCUCGUGUGGUUGGACACUCUAGUGGCGAGAUCGCGGCCGCCUAUUGCAUAGGUUCGCUCUCCAAACGGGAUGCCGUCUGUGUCGCCUACAUGCGCGGAGUCUUCGCAGGUACCCUCGUAUGCGAUGACUCUGACAUGGGAGGCGGUAUGAUGGUCGUCGGGCUAUCCCCCCAAGAAACCGAAGAUGCCAUACAGUCUUUGAACAACAAGCACAGCCUGACGAUAGCCUGCGUCAACUCCCCAACAAACGUCACCGUUGCAGGAUUGUUCAGCGCCAUCGAGCUUCUCCAAUUAACUCUGGAAAAGAGGGAUAUUUUCUGUCGUCGACUUGGCGUCAGGGUUGCCUACCAUUCCGAUCUCGUACAACCAAUCUAUCCCGACUACGUACAGGCUAUGAGCCACGUUGAACCCAACUUUCCUAGCCAAAACGACGACACAGCCGCCCCUGUCAUGUUCUCCUCUCUAGAAGCUUGCAGAGUCCACCCAGGAGAGCUUACUUCAUUCUACUGGGGUCGGAAUCUACUUUCACCAGUCCUCUUUGCCGCAGCUUUGAAAGAGAUGAUACUUCAGCCUUUGGACAAUCAGCCGCCAACUUCGAAUCCAUUGGACAUACUCGUCGAGAUUGGGCCGCAUGCCUCCUUGGGCGGUCCUGUAGAAGAGGUGUUGUCGAGCAGCGGAGUUAAAGGUGUGGAGUACAGCUCUGUCCUGACAAGAGGCCGCGACGCUUGGGACACAACCUUGGAACUGGCAGGCUGGCUCUUUUCGCGUGGCGCCCCCGUCGACAUCCAGAAAGUGAACUCCGACAAAGAACCAAAGACGUUGACGGACCUUCCAAACUACCCCUGGAACCAUUCACGCCGCUUCGACGCAAGCCCUCGGAUUAAUACCGAGUUCAAAAAGCGAGCUCACCCACAGACAAGCCUGUUGGGCGUCCCCGCCACGUCCAUUAGCGAAAGAGAGCGUGUCUGGAGAACUCACUUACGUCUGUCGGAAGAAGGUUGGAUCAGAGAUCACAAGAUCCUAAACGUCACUCUUUUCCCUGGCGCAGGCCUGGUCGCCAUGGCCAUUGAGGCCGCUAGACAGGUUGCUGACCCGGGUAAGACGAUACGGGGGUUUCGGCUGCGGGAUAUAUCCAUUGGCUCAGCCGUAUUUGUCAACGAGGACAAGGCCACGGAAGUCGUGAUACACCUUCGCCCUCAUCUGACUGGAACCGCGGGGCCUGCCUCGUCUUCGACGACGUGGUGUGAGUUCACCAUCUCAACGUCGGAAGGGUCUGAUAUGCCCAUCCGCGAAAACUGCCACGGACUCGUUUGCACGGACUACCACAAGACAGGAGACGAUGAGCACAUGGAUAACGAGCUGAAGGCUGCGCUUGACGCUGACCUUGCCGAGUACAACGAUGCGUCUGAGGAGAGUUCCGGCUUUCUUAAUGUGGAUAAGUUCUAUCAAGACCUGAACGGCGUCGGCCUUGGAUUUGGGCCGGCAUUCCGCAACGUCACCCGACUGAGAGUGGGAACAGCACAGUCCGUCUUUGAAGUCACGAUCGGUGAUCCCGGAGAGACCUUCAGCAGCGGGCAGCCCGGUCGCCAUCAUUUGAUUCAUCCCACGACCCUGGACUCAAUUUUCUGUCCCACCUUUGCUGCCCUGUACAAAGGUCUGCAGCCGAUGGAUAAGCCUAUCAUUCCCACCUUCAUUGAAGAGUUGUCAAUCUCAUGUGAAAUCCCGGAUGUGGUUGGGACCAAGCUGAAAGGAUUCGCCAAAGCCAAGCUAAGAGGAUUCGGCGAGACCACCGCCGACAUCCGCGUCUUUGACGAGUUUCUCACGUCCAGCUAUAUGACAAUUCGCGGUUUCCGCUGCACGUCAGAGAUAUCAGGAGAGAGUCAUGCUGAGGGCAACUCAGACAAGCAAAAGGCUUCAGAAUUGUGCUUCGAUGUUGUUUGGGAGCACGUAAUCGAUCUGAUGGAGCCUCACGAGAUACAACGUGCUGUCGAAUCUGCGGGCGGCGCUGAUUGUGACAAAAGACUGGUCAAGAUGUGCCACAUGUUUAUCCACUCUAAUCCGGAGAGUACGGUAUUAGAGUUGCUCCCUAGCGUCGGUGACGCGAGGGUUGCUGCGCAAACGAGCAUUGCGUCGGCGCUCAGGAUCGAUAGGACCAAGCAGAUCAAGUACGGCGUGGCUCACGCGAGCCAAUUGUCUGAUGUUGAGAACGGGAUCCUCGUCGAUCUUGCAACCAUUGCGAAGGAACCACCAUCACAAGUGGGCUUGUUCGACUUGAUCAUCAUCCCGCAGAGGUGCCGAGGCAUACCUCAUCUAACAGAUUCCAUCGACUACCUGCAGCCACUGUUGAAGCCUUCCGGAAAGCUUGUAGGCUGUAUUGACGCGGGGCGACCCCCGAGGAUGAACUUCAGAGGAGUUGGUCGCCGAUGGACUCCUCAUCUGAGCAUCCCGGGACCUGGUACAGGCUUGACGGUGUUCUCAGGCCCCCUGGUCAAUGGGGUCCCGCGUCCCAAAACCAGGGAGUUUCUUGUUCUUGAGCCCACGUCGCUCAGUGCGCGAGGCGUUCGAUUUGCCAUCAAAUUAACCAAUGCGCUGAGCGAGUACGGCAUGUCGGUUCGCAGGGCCAAGUUGAGCCCCAAACUACUUGCGGGGAUCGAGGGCAAAGACUGUGUCAGUUUGCUUGAACUCGACCAUUCAUAUCUCGUGGAUCUUUCGGCCGAAGACUUCGAGACAGUCCGAAUAAUCGCCCUCAAGACUGCCAGCGUCACGUGGAUCACGGGUUUCUCAGACCCGACGUCGUCCAUCGUCUCGGGCCUUUUCCGAUCCAUCCGCAGCGAAGCGCCCGGACAACAGCUCCGGACCGUUCACUGCUCGUUGGAAGCCAGCGCCAAUGAAGAGCUAGCAGGUGCGGUUGCGCGAAUCCUUCACAGCGAGACGCGUGAAACGGAAUUCCUUUUCGAAGACGGCCUACUGCAAGUCGGCAAGCUCCGCCAAAAUACCGUUUUAAACAGCAGAAUCAGUUCACAGCUUGACGAGGACACCCGCAUGAUCCCGUUGAAGGAUGUCGAAAACCCUGUUAAGCUUGUCAUCGGAUCACCCGGUUUGUUGGACACCCUUUACUUCACGGACCAUUUGAAAAUGUCUCUGCCGCUGGACGACGACGAAGUGGAGAUACGCGUGGAGGCUACCGGGGUCAACUUCCGAGAUGUCAUGAUCUCUGUUGGCAUCAUACCUGCCGACGCACUCGGGUAUGAGGUAAGUGGUGUUGCGACUUCAGUCGGAGGCAAAGUCACAAGUGUCAGACCUGGAGAUCGGGUGUGUGCCCACGUUGUCGGCGGGCAUGCCACAGCUAUCCGGACCCGCGACUUUCUGUGUGCGACAUUACCCGACUCGACAUCUUUCGAGGCUGGAGCGGCUUUGCCUGUCGUUUGCACCACUGCAUACCAUGCGAUUGUCAACCUCGCGCGUCUGAGAAGCGGCCAGUCGAUUCUCAUCCACGCCGCCUCGGGUGGUGUAGGUCAAGCAGCCAUCCAGCUUGCCCAGCACCUGGGCGUGGUAGUCUACGCUACCGUCAGCUCCCGAGAGAAAAGGAAGUUGAUCACGGAACAGUAUGGUCUUCCGGAUGACAGGAUAUUCUAUUCCCGCGACGCAAGUUUCGCCUUGGCUGUGAAACGCGUCACCAACGGACGGGGAGUCGACUGCGUUUUGAACUCGCUAGCAGGCGAGCUGCUCCGCGAAUCCUUUUACUGUCUUGCACCGUUGGGGAUCAUGGUCGAGAUCGGCAGUCGCGAUGCCAUGGACAAUACUCGCCUUGACAUGCGACCCUUUUCCCGGGGUGCGACUUUCACCUGUUUCACUCUGCUUGAUUUACUCAAGGAAGCACCGGAUGUUUUGGCACAAGCGACACAGACGGCAUUCGCCCUGGUGCGCAAGAAGGUGUUUCGGUCCCCGUACCCUUUGACAGUCUUCCCCGUGAGCAAGGUACGCGAUGCAUUUCGCCUCAUGCAAAGCGGAAAGCACCUUGGAAAGCUUGUGCUGUCAUUCAAGGACGACGUCGAGGUCCCGGUCAACCGCAGGCUCCAGAGCACAUUGAAGCUGGACCCCCAAAGCACGUUCCUGUUGAUAGGGGGGCUCGGCGGUCUUGGCCGAAGUCUCGCUCGCCUUCUCGUGGACUCGGGCGCUAGAAACCUGGCCUUCAUUUCUCGCUCCCAGAUCUUGAGCAGCGAAGCUCGCGCCCUCGUUACCGAGUUGACCCGACGCGGCGCAAACAUCCGCGCAUACUCUGCGGACAUUGCCCGGAAUGCGACGUUGCUCCAGGCGCUUGACAAAUGCCGACAAGAGAUGCCUCCUAUCCGGGGGGUGUUCCAAAUGGCCAUGGUCCUUCGCGACGCUGCGUUCGAGACCAUGACGCACAAUCAAUGGCGCGAAUCAACUCUUCCCAAGAUUCAAGGUACUUGGAAUCUCCACCAGAACUUCUGCCAGGGCCACAAACUCGACUUCUUCAUAGUUCUGUCCUCCAUGUCCGGUAUCAUCGGAAACAAGGGCCAGGCCAACUAUGCGGCGGGAUGCACAUUCCAAGACGCCGUCACACACCAUCGCCGGAAGCAAGGCCUCAAAGGCGUCAGCCUCGACCUCGGUAUCAUGCUCGACGUUGGCGUGAUUGCAGAGAAGGGAUCAACCGGUGAUUUGAAGCGCUGGGAGGAGGUGUUGGGCAUCAGGGAGUCCCUGUUCCAUGCGCUGAUGAAGACAAUCAUCAGCGGCCAAAUGCAGGACUCGGCUGCGUGCUGGGUCCCGCCGCAAGUGUGCGUCGGCCUGGGCACCACCAAAGUCUUUGAUGCCGCAGGCGUCCAGCGCCCAGACUACUUGACAAGCGACACUCGCUUCAGCUAUCUAUCCACCUCUGAAAACCUUUCGGAUGCCGGCCCCGGACCGGGCGACGAGGGAACGACGGAAGUGAAAGCCAAGCUCAAGGACCGUCUGGCUUCUGCAACAUCAAAGGCCCAGGCAACGGAUAUCAUCACAGAGGGUCUUGUGGCAAAGAUCGCCGAAAUCCUGCAAACUUCCAGCCUCGAGGUCGACACCAAUCGGCCUAUCUACUUGUACGGAGUAGAUUCUUUGGUCGCCAUGGAAGUUCGCAACUGGAUCAAGCGGGAAAUGGAAGCCCAGGUAGCAAUCUUUGACAUCUUGGAGGCUAUUCCUAUAACACGGUUCGCUCAGAAGAUUGCAGAUCGCAGCAAGCUUUUGCCCAACUCACAGAAAAAGUAA